AUGGCGGACGGGGACAGCGGCAGCGAGCGCGGCGGCAGCGGCGGCGGCUUCGGCCCCGGCCGCGGCGGCGGGGGCGGAGGAGGCGGCGGGAGCGGGAGCGGGGCCGGCGGGGGCUCCGGCGGAGGCAGCGGCGGGGCCGGCCCGGAGCAGGAGACGCAGGAGCUGGCCUCGAAGCGGCUGGACAUCCAGAACAAGCGCUUCUACCUGGACGUGAAGCAGAACGCCAAGGGCCGGUUCCUGAAGAUCGCCGAGGUGGGGGCGGGCGGGUCCAAGAGCCGCCUGACGCUCUCCAUGGCGGUGGCCGCCGAGUUCCGCGACUACCUGGGCGACUUCAUCGAGCACUACGCGCAGCUGGGCCCCUCCAGCCCCGAGCAGCUGGCCCAGGCCGCCGGGCCCCCCGGGGAGGACGGCGCCGGGCCCGGGCCCCGCCGCGCCCUCAAAAGCGAAUUCCUGGUACGGGAAAACCGUAAAUAUUAUCUGGACCUGAAGGAGAAUCAGCGCGGGAGGUUCCUCCGGAUCCGUCAGACCGUCAACCGAGGGCCCGGCGGACCGGGGGGUUUCCCCGGGGGUCCCCCCGGUUUGCAGAGCGGCCAAACCAUCGCCCUGCCCGCCCAGGGCCUGAUCGAGUUCCGCGACGCGCUGGCCAAGCUGAUCGACGACUACGGGGGAGAGGAAGAGGAGCUGGGCGGCCCCGGGGGCGGGGGGCCGGGCGGCGGGGGGCUCUACGGGGAGCUGCCCGAGGGCACCUCCAUCACCGUGGACUCCAAACGGUUCUUUUUCGACGUGGGCUGCAACAAAUACGGCGUUUUCCUGCGGGUGAGCGAGGUGAAGCCGUCCUACCGCAACGCCAUCACCGUCCCUUACAAGGCCUGGGCCAAGUUCGGCGGCGCCUUCUGCCGCUACGCCGAGGAGAUGCGCGACAUCCAGGAGCGCCAGCGGGACAAGCUCUACGACCGACGGGCCGGGCCCCCCGGCCCCGGGAGCGGCAGCGGCGCCGGUGACGACUCUGACGGCGACGACGUGGACGACGACUGAGCCACCCCCAACCCCCGACCUCAGCCCCGCCGGCCUAACCCCCCCGCCCCAAAUCCCCAACGCCCCCCCUCCAAACCCCCGCAUUGGUCCCCGACCUCCCCCCACCGCCGCCGGAGAGAGAAGCCGGCCCAACCGCGACGCCAACCGCUCCCGGAGCUCCCUCCGCCCCCCCUGCCGCGGGGGGUCCCGCAGCCCCGAGGACUCGCUGCUUGUGGGGGGUGGCCCGGACGGUGCCCCCCGCCCCCCCCCCCCCGCGAACACCGAAACCAGCGUCCCCGGUGCCGAGCCCCGCACCGGUGGAAGAGGAGCAGGAGAUGGGGGGGGGGGAAGGACGGGACCGUGGAGCGGGGGGGGGACGCUGCAUCUGGACCAACGUCCAUUCUCUUUUCUUUUUCCUUUUGAUUUCCCCCCCCUUCCAUUUUAUUCCCUUUCGAUUACUUUUUUGGGAUGCAAACUGCUCAACUCCAGGCGCCCCAACUGGACCCCGCGCCCGGCGCCGGGCUGGCAGGUUCCUGAAAAUUAAGGAAAAAAACCUCCCGACAACCCCCAAACGUCUCCGUUUGGAUGAUUUACCCCCAUUUUUUCCAUCCCCCCUCCCCCCCCGCCGCCUCUGAUGGGGGGAAGUCACCGAGUGAGGCACAAAGCACAAGGAAAAACUCGACGGGGGUUCAAGAUCUUCCCCUUCGCUCCAAAUAAGGCGACACCGGCGGCUGCAGCGGGACGGCCCGGCCGGGGCUGCUCGUCCCCGCCACAACCGGGACCUCGGGCGCUGAAAUCCGCCCCUUUUCCCCUUUUGUUCGGGUUGUUUUUUCCUUCAGAAACCCAACUGCCGCCCUUCCCGGUGCCUCUCACGGGUGGCUCAGCAGGACGCGGCAGCCGGAGCCUUCCCUGGUAUUUUGGGGGGUUUUUAGGUCUUUUUUUUUUUUUUUCCAGCCAUCACCACCGGUAUUAAACAGAUUUUUUUCCCCCCCUCUCAACUAGUCUUUCUGCUUUUGGCUUUUUUUUUUUUUUUUUUUUGAAGCUCAGUCAGGUAAAUCCUGCCCUUUCCUGGUGUUUCUUUAUCCCAAGAACUCUGAACUGACCCGGGGGGGGUGGUUUUCCUCGCUUGUCAUUCCAAAGUUUCAGAUCUUCUCAUCCAACGGCUUCUCCACGGUUUUAGGACUCUUUCUGUUGUUGUUCUUGUUGAUCAUUUUCCCCGCCGUGUUUGGGAUCCUGCUCAAGCCUCAACCACCUCCUUAAUUUAUUGCCACGGAUCCCGGCGUCUUCCCUCUCUCUGGAUUUCUUGGGAAGGAGGAACGACCCGACCGGCAGCUCCAGACACCAGCUCCAUCCCCAAACCCAACGGAGCUCCAAGGUGGGGGGGGAGACAUCUGUCCAUCCGUCCGUCUGUUCUCAGCCCCCAUCCCACCUCUCCCUGCUCUUCUGAAAGGGAUUUUUAACAUUCUUGCUUCCGUUGAUCCCGUUUUUAAACCUUCUCCGUGGCCAAGGACCAGGGGUCUCCUCACUCAUGGGAGCAAUACUCUUGAUUUCUCCAUCUCCCAACCGUGUCCGUACUGUAUUUUAUACCCUCAGGCAGCUCUUCCCAGUGACGUUCCUGCUGUAUCCACCAUCCUCCUGGUUUGGUUUCCUUCUUUUUGUUUGGGUUUUAAUUUCACUUUUUGGGCGCUU